AGCCCAGUCGUUACUUGUCUACGAAUACAAAAGAUUAUACACAUGACUGCAAGUCAAUAUUGUAGAACUCUCAAAAAAUAUAAUCGAAAUGGAGGUAGCAGAGGUUGAUCCAAAACGCACUAAAAGUUAUGUGGAGGAAGUAUUUCGAAAAGUAAAGGAAAAGCCUGGCGUGGAGGACAUAUUGAUCAUGAAUCACUCAGGUGUUCCGGUAAAAACCUCCAUGGAUCGUCAGGAGAGCCUGCAGUACGCCUGUCUAUACGACAACUUGCGGGAGAAAUGCCAGGCAUUCCUAUCCAAAUUGGAGCCAGCUCAAACUUUGACCUUCUUGAGAGUUCGUACCAAAUACCAUGAGGUGCUUAUCACGCCGGAUGCCAAGAUCACCGUUUUAGUGGUCCAAAAUGCCAAAGACACUUUCAUUAACAUGAACGCCUCACACUAAUACCCAUUUUAAAACGAAAUAUUUCCUUGUUGUAACAUAUUGUAUUGCUGGUGACCACAACUGGUUAUUACUAACUAACUAAACAAAACUGAAACCCCAAUAAAAGUUUCAAAUUCAGUUUGA